AUGGGCGGUGGGGCGCGGGAGCUGGCCGGGUACCUGGCGGCCCUGAGCGGCUGGGUGGCGGCGCUGGCGGCGGCCGCCUUGCCGCAAUGGCGGCAGAGCUCGUACGCGGGGGACGCGAUCAUCACGGCCGUGGGGCUGCACGAGGGGCUGUGGAUGAGCUGCGCUGCGCAGAGCACCGGGCAGGUCCAGUGCCGCCUGCACGACUCGCUGCUCUCUCUCGACGUUCACAUCCAGACUUCCCGGGCUCUCAUGGUGAUUUCUCUCCUCCUGGGCUUCUUUGGCAUCAUCGUGAGCAUGGUGGGCAUGAAGUGCACCAAAGUAGGUGAAGAGGAUCCUCUUACCAAGAGCCGCAUCGCUGUUGCUGGAGGUGUCCUCUUUGUUCUCUCUGGUCUGUGCACGCUGGCUGCGGUGUCCUUGUAUGCAACACAGGUGACCUACGAGUUCUUCAGAGAGAGCAGCGUCCCCAUCAACGCCAGGUAUGAGUUUGGCUCAGCUCUCUUCAUCGGCUGGGGCGCUGCCAGCCUCACCAUGAUCGGGGGGUCCCUCCUGUGCUGCUCCUGUCCUGCCAAGGCCCGCCAAGGCCAGCAGUACUACCAGCAGUCACAGCCUUCCACGGCUCGGGAGUACGUCUGA